GUCGAAUGACCACGAAGAAGACAACAUGCCUGCCCUUCUUAACGGAGAUGCGGCGACGCCCAACACGGAACCAGCACUCCCAUUUCCGCCCGUCACCAAAUCACAUAUCCUCAAUUGCGCGUACUCAUCCUGGUUCCCGAAGUAUAGGGCGAUCACCCCCAAGUCAAGAGUCAUUCCACUCACGAAGCCGUUCGUCGACUACCUCCGCGCAGAUGCGAUAGUCCUUCCAGACGACGAAGACCCACCUACAUUAUCUGACAAUGACAGUGCGUAUAUCUCGUCAUCGACGCACGAUGAUGAUGAGGAGGAGGAGGAGGAGCAGGAAGACGUCGCUGCAGAAUGGCGACAAGUACACCAGGCCAUUAGAGCCACAAUUGCAGAACUUGGAGGAAAGGUCAUUCCCAAGCUCAAUUGGUCAGCGCCAAAGGAUGCGACCUUCAUGAACGCAAACACAAUGGAAUGCAAAAAGCCAUCCGACAUCUAUCUACUUCUGAAGAGUUCAGACUUCAUCACUCACGAUCUCGAGCACGCGUUCGAUGAUUGCGUCUCAGAAUCGAGUGACGAAGAGGAUAUGACGACCGAUAACAUCGCCUACCAUCUCGCCUUACGAAAGUCAUUCCCAUCCUGGGUCCCCAGCCUCGAGUUUCGGUGUUUCGUUCGCAACCGUAAAUUGCUUUGCAUCAGCCAGCGCGACCUCAACUAUUACGACUUUCUGUUCAAGAUGCAGGAUCGAAUUCAGACUGUCAUCAACGAGUUCUUCGAGGUGAGACUGCGCGAUACCUUCCCAGACAAGAGCUUCGUAUUCGACUGCUAUAUUCCGCAACCAUAUGAGAAAGCGUGGCUGGUCGACAUCAACCCCUGGGCACUCCGCACCGAUCCAAUUCUCUUCAGCUGGGAGGAGUUACUCGAAAUGGACGAACCGGUCGAGCCACCAAUGCAGGAGGAGUUCGUGCGAUUUUCAAUCGACCCCGCCAAGACGAGACAGAUGCUGGACCAUCUUCGAGAGAGCAAUCCAGAAGCUUGGGCUGCAUUGCAACGCACCGAAGAAGAUGUUGGCCAGCUCGAGGACGGCGAAGAGGCCACAGAUUCCGAAGACGAUGAUGAUGCUGAUGAAGAGCUCUUUCUGCCCGAACUUCGACUGGUACAUCAAGGCGACCCAGAGGCUCAGUUUGCAACUCCGCAGUACUCAGCCCACAAGAUGCCGAAGGACGUGGUUGAAGCAUCUCAAAAUGGCGAGGGCCUUAUGGAGUUUGCGAAGGAGUGGCGCAAGCAUUUGGAAAGAGCUCGGCAAGCCGAUGCCGCUGCGAGUAGCAGCGAUGAUGAAUGAAUGAAUGAUUGAACGAUCCUACGAGUGUAUGAAGUAGAUACAACACUGCAAAGUAUUCAAAAGACCAGUCGC